CUUUUCCCACAACGGUCCCUUCAUCAAACGAUCACGCACUUGUGAAUUCGUUACCAAUCACACGGCAAAACCCUAGUAUAAUUCUCACUGCUAGAACCAUUCUCACCAAACCCCGACAGCCACCUCGCCAGAAACCACCACAGAAGGCGCCGCCGCCCACCGUCGACCACGGCAGAGAACGUCGGAACACCUCUUGGCAGCCAUAGAACUCGCCGACCAGGCACCCUCAUCACCUCGCGCUAUUUCCGAGGGAGCCUCCAGUUGCGCCACCUUGACUCUCGCCCAGCCACCCAGACCCACCGUCGCAGUUGGUUCUCCUUUUCUCUCUGUGAGUAUCUUACGGCUUUUCCCUCUGUCACGAGCUCUCUGUUCUCGGCCCUUAUGAGUAUCGCACGAUUGCUAUGUGUUUGCAGGAGAUGUCUGAGGAGUUAGAUUUGAAAAUGGAGAAGUACCUUAGAGGCGGUGCUGCUAACUUGGAGGUUCUACAAGAUAAAAAACUCAAAGGUCAACUUGCUCAUAGAGAAAACUUGUAUGGAAAAUCUGCUAAGGCUGCUGCUAAGUUUGAGAAGUGGCUUAUGCCAAGCGAGGGGGGUUAUCUGGAGGCUGAAGGUCCAGUAGAGAAGACAUGGAGGUUCAAACAAGAAGACAUUGGGCAAGCAGUAGAUAUCUCGAGCGCAAGGAAUCAAUAUGAUGUUGUUUUACCAGAAUUGGGUCCGUACACAAUGGAUUUUUCCUCAAGUGGUCAAUAUAUGGCUGUUGCUGGACGAAAGGGCCACCUGGCAAUUGUUGACAUGAAGAAUUUUGAAGUACGCAGAGAGUUUCAGGUUAGGGAAACAGUGCGAGAUGUGGUAUUCUUGGACCAUCAGCUGCUCUUUGCUGCUGCUCAGAAAAAGUACACAUAUAUUUAUAGUCCGGAGGGCAUAGAAAUUCACUGCCUGAAGGAUCAUGGUACGGUGUUGAGGCUUCAGUAUUUGAAAAACCACUUCAUCCUGGCAUCCGUAAAUAAAUUCGGGCAUCUCCAUUAUCAAGAUGUAUCAACGGGUGCUUCCAAAAGUUAUCGGACUGGUUUAGGCCGCACUGAUGUAAUGCGGGUGAAUACUGUCAACGGGGUUGUUGCUUUGGGUCACUCAGGUGGAACUGUUACCAUGUGGAACCCUAACAGCUCUGCUCCCCUUGUCAAGAUGCUGUGUCAUCAUGGUCCUGUUUCGGCCCUGGCAUUCCACCCUAAUGGCCAUCUCAUGGCCACGGCUGGGAAGGAAAGGAGAAUUAAGCUUUGGGACUUGAGGAAAUAUGAAGUUCUCCAGACUUUACCAGGCCAUGCAAAUACCUUGGAUUUCAGCCAGAAAGGUUUGCUUGCUCGUGGAACUUGUUCCUUUGCAGAGAUUCUCUCUGGAACUGAGCAUUACAGCAGAUAUAUGAAUCAUUCAAUGGUGAAAGGAUACCAGAUAAAAAACUUGUUGUUUCGGCCAUACGAAGAUGUUCUAGGCAUUGGGCACUCUAUGGGUUGGUCCAGUAUUCUGGUUCCAGGAUCUGGGGAACCCAACUUUGAUUCUUGGGUGGCAAACCCGUUUGAAACACGCAAACAGCGGAGAGAGAAGGAAGUGCAUCUCCUUCUCGACAAGCUUCCACCUGAGACAAUUAUGCUGGACCCUUCAAAGAUCGGUACAGUGAAGCCAGUGAGGAAUAAAGAGAAGCCAACAAAGAAGGAAAGAGAAGCCGAGAUGGAAGCUGCCAUAGAAGAUGUUAAGGGCAACAUUACUCUGAAGAAUAAAACGAAGGGGAGGAAUAAGCCGAGCAAGAGGGCGAAAAAGAAACAGGAGAUUGUUACUAAAGUUAAAAGGCCUUUCUUGGAGCAACAGAUGCGGGAACCCCAACUGUCUAGAAAGAAGCAAAAAGUAAGUGAGGAAGAUGAGCUUCCCAAAUCUCUGCAGCGGUUUACCCGUAAGAAAGCAGCAACUUGAUUUUUCUAGACUUAGCGACACUUACAUGUGUUUUACCGUAUUGCUAAAAAUUUUGUUUGUGUAUGAUCAUUAUU